CUUUCAGUCCUGCUUCGCUGCCACAUUCUGAGCUUCUGGAGCUUUCACCUCAUUUGUAGUCAUGUCUGGUCGUGGCAAACAGGGAGGCAAGGCCCGCGCUAAGGCCAAGUCCCGCUCUUCCCGCGCCGGCCUCCAGUUCCCGGUGGGGCGUGUGCACCGCCUCCUGCGCAAGGGCAACUACGCCGAGCGGGUGGGAGCCGGCGCGCCGGUCUACAUGGCGGCGGUGCUGGAGUACCUGACCGCCGAGAUCCUGGAGCUGGCGGGCAACGCGGCCCGCGACAACAAGAAGACGCGCAUCAUCCCGCGCCACCUGCAGCUGGCCAUCCGCAACGACGAGGAGCUCAACAAGCUGCUGGGCAAAGUCACCAUCGCCCAGGGCGGCGUUUUGCCCAACAUCCAGGCUGUUCUGUUACCAAAGAAAACCGAAAGCCACAAGGCCAAAAGCAAAUGAAUGCUGGCAAAAGACAAAACCAAAGACCAAAGGCUCUUUUUAGAGCCACCCAAGCUUUCAAAAAAAAGAGCUAAUGAGCUA